AUUAUCUGAGUUUACCACCGUUGGACACUGCUAUUUAUUUAUUACCACCGCUCUUCUUAAUUUACUUCUUGUUAGCUGCGCCGCCUUCAGUUGUUACUAAAUUUGACUUGGAAAAACGCCAAAUAAGGACGCAAUUUUAGAUUAAAAAAUCAAGGUUGUUUCUGUUUUAUUGAGUCAAUUUUGACAUCUUUCGGGAAUAAUCAUUGUUUAUUGGCCAGCACAGGUAGAAAAUCAAAUUUUCAGACUGGUCGCUCAGAAAUUUUGUUGAUUUCCCAUUUAUUUCGCCUGCCUUUGUAAAAUUUAGCUCAAUUAUUGGGCAUGAUUGCUCUACCAAGCUCAUAGAAGAGCUUCACGCGUGAAAAAUUUUGACUAGGUGAUGUUACUUUUUCCAGUGACCUUAACAAUUCUAGAACAAAAUCUUUCAUUUACAUAAUUCUUUGAUACUACCCAAAAUAGCCCUAUUUUUUCUAAACAUUAUUACCCAAAUUUAUUUCUCAUUAUUACCCAACAUUACCUAUUAUUACAGUAAGAAUUACCCAGCGUUACCUUGUAUAUAGUUCUUUGAAGUUUGAUUAGCAAAAUGUGGCUGCUGGAUUAAAGUUACUUCUUCUCUUUUAAUCUGUCACUGACCUACCCGACCCAUAACUCUUGUUAAGUACAAAACAAAAGCUAUACACAAAUAUAGUUUUUUCAUGUGUAAAUAAUUCAGCAAUCUAGACAACCGCCUAAUCACAGCAGCAAAUUCAACUUAUGCAACAAAACACAUGAAAAAAACUAUCAACAUGUUUUUUGCUACCAGAAUAGGUGAACAAAUAUUGAAAUCACUAAUAAACAGUGGCAAAAUCAUUACUUUUGAUGGAACUUUCGACCGGACAGAAUGAAUCGCGAAGUUAUCCGCUUGCUUGGAAUUAUCAGAAUCAGAGGGAAACCCACAAACUGCGUCCUGUUUACGACAACUUGGAUUAUAAUCUGUUUUUUGGUUUUAUUCGGCGAGGCUAGAUACUCAGACAACGACCAUCAAUUCAAGUUCGAAAUCACAGAGGAGAACCACGGCACGUGGCUGGCGGAGAAGAUCAAGUUGAACUCCUCCAAGUACGUGCGACCAGUGAAGAACCAGUCCUCGACUGUGGACGUGACCUUCAGACUGAACCUGUACCAGAUAUUGGGCGCAGACGCUGUCAACCAACACAUACACUUGCACUUCUGGGCAGAAAUGAAAUGGUACAACGAGUUUAUCCAGUGGGAUCCGAGUAAGUUCGGGGGUAUCAACAGACUGGACUUCGAGUCCAAGUACAUGUGGAUCCCAGACAUCAUGUUCUUCAACCAGCUGUCGGACGAGCACUUCAACGAACACUUCCCCGCCCCGCCGUCCAUCAUGCACGACGGGGAGGUACUGGUGCUGAAGCCCUUCCGGGUCAACCUCCAGUGCCGACUAGAAGUGCUUCACUUCCCGUUCGACUUACAGCACUGCAAAUUUGAAGUUGGGUCGUGGGCUCACUUCAGUCACCAGAUUUCCCUCCGACCGAAACUGGACGUGGAGACUGGCCAGAUCAGAGCCGCCGACCUGCAGUUCUUCCAGAACAGCUCCAUCUUCGAACUGGACAGCUUCACUGUCAUGGAGUACACGUACACAGAUCCGGAGUUCGGAAACCUACCUUUCAACGGACUCCGCUACACAAUCAAAUUUCACAGAUACACAGCCUACUUCGUCAUCAAUCUAAUCAUGCCGAGCUUCAUGAUAAACGUCCUUUGCAUCUUCAACUUCAUGAUCCCCUGCUCCUCGGGAGAAAAAGCGGGAUACGGAAUCACAGUCUUCCUAGCCCAGUCAGUGAACCUGAUGGUGGUGAUGGAGAUGAUGCCGCAAGGCGGAGUCUCAAUUCUCGGAAUGUUCCUCGCUGUUUCCAUCGCUCUGAUUGGCUUGUCACUCCUGAUGAACAUCAUCACCCUGAGGGUCUACUCUCCUCAGGACUGCUCGGUUCCCCCCUCGAUCCGGUUACGGAAGCUGGGUAAACGUCUGCAGUGUCUGGUCGGACCACGUGACGUCCCACGCGACAUAGUGCUUUCUCAGAAGAAUUUUUACAAACUUUCAGAAACAUUCUUCGACGCCUUAUCGGUCGACGACCUGACCUAUACCGUGCAACCGGGAGGAGCUUCGGCAACUUACGACGAUUUGCUCUCGUCGAACGUUUCGGAUCGUCACUUUGUCGCCAACAAAUUGUUCGAGAAACAGUUGGAGCCAAGUCUCAAUCACGAAAGUCCUCGUUCGGCCAGUUCACCCGAAGAAAUAACUCAAACAUCCCCCACCAUUCCAGUAACCCAACAGAAUGGAAUUAAACAAAACGCAAGGGUUCGCUACAAAAACGAUGACAAUUCUUCGGCCGAUCGCUACAGACCCAAUGUGGACAUCAAUGAUUCGCAAAAUGGCAUCAAAGCUGUCAGUUCUAACUUGAACAAUUUCACGAAGCCGAUCAUCUCAGAAAGUCGAAAAAGAAAUAAAAUUUUACUACCUGAAACGGCAAAUUUCUUAAGCAACCCAAUUGGAUCUCCAAGUUUUGGUGCAAAGAAAUACUCAGAGUCUGACACUGCUUUGAACGACCGAGCUUUGCUAGAAAGCCUCGAAACAGAUCCGACGAAGCCUCGUGUAAACCCUCACAAUUACACAGCUGAGUAUCAGUUUUUGGCCGAGACGAUCAAUCGGUUCAACGCGUUCAUAUUUUCUGCUUUGCUCAUGUUGACUUGUGGACUAUACUGGAUUUAUCACGAUCCAACAAGUUUUGCUAAUAACUACAAUAAAUGAUAAAUGAAUAUGAUGGUGACAAAACAAAAAUUUGUUGGUUUCGAAAGAGCGUCCGAAAAUUGAAAGUGUUUCGUUUCCAAUUUGAACGACUCAUUAAAAUUGAGUAUGUCUAUGAUUGUACAGUACACAUAAUGAGUUAUCUAGGAUCCCUAGUAAACA